AUGCCACCACAGGUUUCACAGGAUUUCCUUGAAGAUGCUCUCGCCACGUGGGAGCGUUUACGACGAUGGACGGAUCUCAACACCUACUUAACAGCCCUACGCAGUCAACCAUUUCACCGACCCCAACAAAUGGAGAGAGAACCCUAUUCCAUGCGAGUUGCCCGUCGUGUGAAUGAAGUUGUGGAUCGUCUCUCUGCCCAUUCAGACACGGUGUUGGAGAAGGACGUCACUCCACGUGGGGCAUUAUUGGCACUCGCCGCAGAUGUACGGUUGUGUUUGAUUCCACUCCCUAAUGUCAGUAGUUAUGAUGCCGAUCCGGAUAUAUCAACAGGACAACAGACAUUCAUCACUUCUUCUUCUUCUUCCUCUUCCUAUUCCGUUAUGAAUACUAAUACUAUUCCUACUAAUACUAUUAAUACUACUACUACUACUACUACUAAUUCUACUGAUACGACGAUGAAUGAUGAUUCUAUUGGUAAUAAUGGUGUUGGUGUGGAUACCUGGGAAGCAUCUGUGCAACACCGCGAUGUCUCUGGCGUCACCGUGAUGGAAGGUCUUCACAUCCUCACAUGCCCUGGUGUGCAACUGCGCAUAGAUGCCAAUGUGGCCAGACUCCGACAACGUGUUCGUGGGGAAAUGAACGGCGGCUCCGAGUGGGUCUCACAUACACACACAUCCACAGAAUUACACGCAUUGCGAGCCACUGCCUUAUUAUUAGAUGACUUCACCGCUUUAUAUGAACGAGUACUCUCUACCUUUGCCUGUGUACGUGUGAUGGGUUCCUCACAUGUCCCUGUAGCGUUAUUGCCGGUUUUACAUCAACUCUAUUGUGAAUUAGGCACGUGGGUGUUGGAAGCAGAGACCGCAACGGCGACAACAAUAGGCGCACGUGUCCAAUCGUUUGAACCGAAGAAAUUAAAAGUAAUGAUGCGACGUCCAAACAGAGAAGCCUCAUGGGGAUUGCGAUUUAAUCAACAAGGAAAACUCAUUGGGGUGAGUGCCAUGGUACGAUCCGCCUCUGUGGCUGGAGAGAGAUUACAUAAAGCCGUGCAGGCCACAAAAGGGGGUGUGAUGAUAAGACGAUAUAAUAUGAAAUCAGUGGAUUUUACAAAAUUUAACGCUGCAGAGGCGGCAAGAUACUUUGAACAGUUAUCACCAAAACAAACAAGAGUUUAUUUGGUACUGAAGGCUGAGGGCAGUACAAAGCGGCGUGUGGAACAAUUAGCCUUCUUUACAACAACAACAACUUCAUCAUCAUCAUCAUCAUUACAAAUGUUGCCAUUAGGGGAAAAGCAGAAUAAGGAAGAGAAAGGUAAAGGGAAGAAAGGUGGUAAUCGUGUGGAAAGUAAAGUAGAUGAGGAACAGAAGAAAGAAGAAGAAGAAGAAGUAUCUCAAGAGAAGAUAAUGCUUCAAAAGCAAAAACAAGAGAAAUUACCACGUGCUACUUUGGUUCUUUAUCGAGAUGACUAUAAUGUUUCUUGGGAUAUGGCGGUUACUCGAGAUUUGGUGAUUGUAAAUGUUCCCGCAGGUGUUCUCUCACAAGAGGCACAGACAUUCUUUAAAACUCAUCCCAGACAAAUACGUAUUAACGCUAUUAACGGUGUAGAAGUGACAAAUGCGGUACAAGUGGAAGCCUUAAGUUCUAUUGUAAACACCAUUGUGUUGGAUGUGUACUGUUGUGAGACUCCUUCUCUAAUGGAAAAGGAAAGUGAAGGAAAAGAAACUAAGAACAACACGACUACAUCAUCGUCAUCAUCGUCUGGGCGACGAUCGAAAACUUCAGUUUCUGCUCAUCAGAACUCCACUGGAACUUCACGUAGUGUAAAGACACGAAGUCGACAAAAGGAAGAAUCUGCACAGAAGACACAACGUAAACGGGUUACUGAUGAUAAUAAUAAUAAUAAUAAUAAUAAUAAUAAUAAUAAUAAUAAUAAUAGUAGUAGUAGUAGGAAAGAAGUAUUAGAGGAUAAUAUCUUGGAAGAUCCCUUAAAGUUGAAUUCCCAUACAGUGACAACACCACCUACUACCUCUGCAUCAUUAUUAUCAUCAUCCAAUACAUCUGUAGGAAAGAAAGUUCGUAGUGAAACGAAGUUGAAAAAUUCAACAUCUUCUUCAAAGUUGAAUGAUAUCAUGGAUACAACUCUUUCUACAGCUACUGAAGGUACGGAAUACAAGUUGUCGGAUGAUGUCCUUGCGGCUCUUAAAGAGAGUCCCAUCUUGCCGAUAUCUACCAUGCGAUCAAGUGCAGAGUCUUUAUUGAAUGGAUCUAAACAGUCAGAAGAGAACACCGUACAUGAUGGUAAUAGUAAUAGUAAUAUUACUAAUACUAAUACUACUAUUGCAAAUAAGCGUGAGAAUAGGAAAUCAAUAGAAGAGAAAGAGGAAAUGAUGAAUAUAUCUCCAAAGGCAGAGGCACCUGUAUAUGGAUGGGAUAGUCCUACACCCUCUCUGGAUGCUGAUAAUAUGGAUGAACCCGUAGUGAAUAUGAAUACAUCUACAUUAGCCACCACACGAGAUCCAGAGUGGGAGAAGCUUCACUCUUCAGAAACUACAAAUUCUAUUCUUAAUCCCACUACUAAUACUAGUACAAAUACUGAUAUUACUUCUGAUGAUGUUGUGGAUACUCCGCUGAUAUUUCCAAACGAUGUGACAUUAGAUCUUCUCACAUUAGAUGAGAUGGUACUUCGACGUCAGUCUGCUGAGAAGAAGUGGGGACUCGCGUUGGAGACAACAGGAGGGGAUUCUACUAAAAUGAUUCGCGUGGUUGGAUUACCAACAAUGAAUGCCCAAUUACAACGACACCCAUUCUACAAACUCUUUCAUACCAAUAAGGAUAAUUGGCGUAUCGUGAGUGUGAAUGGCACUCCAGCGUCAAAACUACCGGAGGUGAUUGAGAUUAUGAAGCACACAUUGAAAAUGCAAAUUAAGUUUCAGAGGAGAUGGUGA